CUAUAUAGGGUUCAGCCAGGUGCCCAGAGCUGUCUUGUGCCCUCCUCUAGCUCAGCAUGGCCUGGAUAGCUCAAGCACCGCUUGUACUCGGGUUGUUGGGCCUGUGGUGGUUUCCGGCGAUUGCCCACCCACUUUCUCCUGCUGGUGUCCCUGGGAACAAAGCUGAAGGCAGAAAUGAGACCCAACUAAACCCAGACUUGAUUGAAAUGUGCUCAGAUGGCUGGAGCUUUGAUGCUACCACCCUGGAUGACACGGGGGCCAUGCUGUUCUUUAAAGGGGAGCAUGUGUGGAAGAGUCACAGCUGGACCCAGGAGUUAAUCUCAGAGAGGUGGAAGAAUUCCACCAGCACUGUGGAUGCUGCAUUCCGUCGUGGUCAUGACACUCUCUUCCUGAUCAAGGGGGACAAAGUCUGGGUGUACUCUCCUGAGAAGAAGGAAAAAAGCUAUCCCAAGCUGCUUCAAGAUGAGUUUCCUGGAAUCCCGACCCCACUGGACGCGGCUGUAGAGUGCCACCGGGGAGAAUGCCAGGAAGAGGGCAUCUUCUUCUUCCAAGGUAACCGCACGUGGUUCUGGGACGUGGCUACCAGGACCAAGAAGGAACGUUUCUGGCCAUCUGUUGGGAAUUGCUCUUCUGCCAUGCGAUGGCUCAGCCGCUACUACUGCUUCCGGGGAAAUCAGUUCCUGCGUUUCGACCCUGUCACGGGAGAGGUGCUCCCCAAGUACCCUCUGGAUGUCCGAGACUACUUCCUAAACUGCCCUGGCAGAGGGCAUGGACGCAGGACUGAGAAUGGUACCCACAGUGGCCGUGUGGAUAUGCGCUGUAGCCCAGAUCUAGUCUUGUCUGCUCUGCUGUCUGACAACCAUGGUGCCACCUAUGCCUUCAGUGGGUCUCACUACUGGCGCCUGGACAGUAGCCGGGAUGGCUGGCACAGCUGGCCCAUUGCCCACCAGUGGCCUGUAGGUUCUUCAGUGAGCCCAAUUCAGCAAGUGGAUGCUGCCUUUUCCUGGGAGGACAAACUCUAUUUGAUUCAGGGCACUCAGGUCUAUAUAUUCCUGACAAAGGCAGGCUAUACUCUUGUUGAUGGUUAUCCAAAGCGGCUGGAGAAAGAACUUGGGAGCCCUCAUGGAAUCAGCCUUUCAUCUGUGGAUGCAGCCUUUGUCUGCCCUGGGUCUUCCCGGCUCCAUGUCAUGACAGGACGGCAGCUGUGGUGGCUGGACCUGAAGUUAGGAAGUCAAGCCACAUGGACAGAACUUUCGUGGCCUCACAAGAAGGUGGACGGGGCCCUGUGUAUUGAAAAGUCCCUUGGCCCCAACUCAUGUUCUGCCAGUGGUCGUGGCCUGUACAUCGUCAGUGGCCCCCAUUUGUACUGCUACAGUGACGUGGAGAAACUGAACUCGGCCAAGGCUCUCCCUCAGCCCCAGAGGGUGACAGAUCUCCUGGGAUGCAGACACUAAGCGGGCUCCUGGCCUGGAACCUUCUCUGCACGUUCCUUACAAUAAAGCUGUGGUGCCGCUUUGCUUGAGUCAAGCGA